AUGCCCAAUCUGGUGCGUUUCAGUGCCUUGCGGCCUUCCAUCAUCAAACCCGGUACCCUACUUGCGCUUCUCUCGACGGCAUCGCAGACACUGGAGAGCAUCGAGCUGUAUAUGCCGACCGUUCAAUGGAUUGGUAAUGACAUCGAAUCCCUUCCGUUUGCGAACCUUUGUCCGCUGUUACCCCGACUUCACACUGUCCACUUGGUCUUACCAACCCUCGUUUCCCCCAACACGACGGCGUUCAUCACCCACCUACUAGGCAGCACUGCCAUGCGCCUUGAGACGCUCAAACUCAGCCACCGAUCGUCCGACUCCUUCGAUACAACCCCGUUCUUCUCGUCAGUACACUUGUGGCCCGUUCUUCGGACUCUUUGUCUUCCCUCUGAAACCAACCUCUCCCGCCUCCCCGCGAGUCCCAGCGUUCGCAAGCUCGAGCUCAACCUCUCGUCCGAGGCGCCCCACUCCCAUGCCACAGUGCCUCCCUCCGCGUUCCCCGUUCUGGAAGAGCUGCACUGCAAACACCAAGACCUGCCAGCCUUCUUGCCAAACUACCGCGAUAUCGUGCGACGCCCCAUCCACACAGUCGUGCUCGAUGAUGCAGGGUACGGCAGGGACGCAGAGUACGGCAUGGACGCCAGUCGACAUGCCAUGAGACAUGCACCCGACGACCCAGCGCGCAUGUUCGCCGCAUUGCGGCGCGUGUUCGCGUCUCUGUCCCACUCCGCCGUCCCCGUGACACACCUCAGUUUUGCCAUGAAGCGCUUCGAGUUGCUAGACUUGCCCUCGCUCUUCCUCCCGCAUGGCAUUCAAGCCCUUGAGACACUCACGAUCGUCAUAGAUGGCGAACAACCCGACGCAGGGCACGCAGACCUGCUCGGGCAGGCAUUCUUCGCCCACAUGCCACGACUCCACACUUUCCUGCUCUGCGAGAAACUCGAUAUUGAGGACGACUCGUUCAGCGUAGUUGGACUGGAAGAGCAUUCCUUGCGCAAGGCGCGGCAGAAAACCUGUCUUGGGACGUUCUCGCAACAUUCGGCAGUGCUGAGGCGCGUCAUGCUCACACUCGACUGGGAGUGGCGGAAGUCGGAGAGCGGGGAGUGGGAGUCGGUUGACGACGUCUGA